AAAAGGCCCAGCAAUUGCUGGGGAAACUAGGAAGUACCAAAGUGGCAGACGAUAAUCUCUGCUGAAGUUGCACCAUGGAUCUAUUGCACAGUGCAGGAAUCCAGGCCACCAGUUACCUCCAAGAGAAUUUUAUGGACUUUAAAGACUGGUUUCUCUUCAUCUCAACAGUAGCUGAUCUCAGAACAACUUUUUUCUUGCUCUUUCCCAUCUGGUUCCAACUGAAGGAAGCAGUAGGAAUCCGACUCAUCUGGGUAGCUGUCAUCGGCGAUUGGUUCAACCUUGUUUUCAAGUGGAUCCUCUUUGGAGAAAGGCCUUACUGGUGGGUUCAUGAGACAGAUUUUUAUGGCAAUGUAACACCCCCGGUAAUCCGCCAGUUUCCAAUUACUUGUGAAACUGGCCCAGGUAGUCCUUCUGGUCAUGCCAUGGGGUCUUCUGGGGUCUAUUAUGUCAUGGUGACAGCACUGCUAUCACUACAGCAGCCACAGAAGCAAAACGCCUUGAGAGGCAGAUGGCUGCAUGGUCUUCUUUGGGCAGGAUUCUGGGCUAUACAAGUCUGCGUCUGCUUAUCCCGAGUGUUCAUUGCUGCACACUUCCCACAUCAAGUGAUUGCAGGUGUUAUUUCAGGAUUACUGGUGGCUGUGAUUUUUGAACAAGUCCAUUCCAUCUACACUGCCAGCUUCACACGAUAUGUUGGAACCAUUGGCUUCCUCUUUGGUUUCGCCCUAGGCUUGUACCUGCUGCUCAAGAUGCUGGGUGUAGAUCUCUUGUGGACACUCGAGAAGGCCCACAAGUGGUGUGAACGGCCUGAAUGGGUCCACAUUGACACAACCCCGUUUGCCAGUCUUUUACGCAAUCUGGGCAUUUUGUUUGGUCUGGGAUUUGGACUCAACUCCCCAAUGUAUGCAGAAAUGGGCAAAGGGAAGCCAAGCCAAGGGCUGAUCUUCCACUUCAGUUGCAUCGUUUUUUCAUUGUUAGUCCUGCGCCUGUUUGAUUCCUUUGAACUACCCACUGAUCAGGAGAUUCUUUUUUACAUCCUCUUAUUUUGUAAGUGCACUUGUGCCCAUAUCUGUGCAGUGGCCCUGAUCCCCUACAGUAUUUUCUGCAUCCUUCAGCCGACAGACAAGAAAGAUUUAUAAGGAACAAAUGUCCUGCAAUUGAGCCACUUGGACAUGUAUCUUCAACUUUAAAUACUAAAGGUUUAUAAACUAAGAUAUGUUGUGGUCUGUUUUGUGGAAGAUUAAACAGAAUCUUAAUGCUUUCCAUACACUGAUGAAUAUAGCUGCCUUCAGACAGAAAUGAUUUGGUAUCGUGGCUGGAUGGACAGGGAGGAAGCAUAGAUAUAUUUUAGCCAGAAAAGAAAGUGGAUGGGAUAUCUCUUAGAAAAGCUUCUGAGGAAUUCCAAACAGAAGACGACUAACUUACCUGCUAGUUUGCAAACAAGCCAGAAACAGUUACAAUCACUUUUAAUAGUAACCUGGAAGAAUUAUUUGCUGCAUUUGCAUUGUCUGCUUCCCUGGCAUUCUGGUUCCUUUUCCAUAUUGAUCAGAUUCUUUUCCCUGUUUCAUGUGAAUAUUUAUGCAUUUAUCUCCAACCAAUGCCAGGCACAAUGUCUUGCUUUUCACAAUUUUCCUAUCACUUUGGACCAUAUUUAAUCCUAGACAAGAAACGAUGGAUGGAAACUAAACCUAGAACUGAGAAAUUUCCCAACAGUGAGAGCAAUAAACAACUGGGAAAGUUUUCCUCCAGAAGGUUUUUAAAGAGAGUGGACAGCCAUUUGUCUGAAAUGGUGUAGGCCAGGUAUCCUGCUUGAGCAGGGGGUUGG